UUGCCCGUACUGACACAUAUAUACAAGUCCGUCCAACAGCUCUGAUAGGCUAAACAGGCGCUAAACACAAGGUAAUCCCAGUGUAUGCGCACAGGAGCUGAGUUUCUGGCUGACCUGCUCCUUUUACACCCCUGCUGGUUCUCCUCUCGGUGGGCUCCGGGAUGCUUCGUGGUGUUUGUGCCAUCUAGGGUGUUUCGUUGUUCUAUUGCAGCCUUUCCGGCACAGAGACUCUACAUCUACUCCAUCUACGCGCUCUCCGGACGAGCAAGUCGCCUCUGAAAUAUUAAGAGAUAAACUCUCAACUUUGUUUUGGAUUUUUUUCGUCUCCUUUUGAAAGAAUUCCUGCUUUCUGUUCGGAUAACUACUUUGGAUAUUGCAACCAUUCCAAGGACGAGGAUUCGAUUAGCGAAGAGCAGACAGGGGGGGAGACCUGUUUGUGCGAAUGUAGCGACUUUUCCGGCGAGGAAAUACACAGACAACUGCAGCGAGCUGGUUAUUUUUACUACAAAAAGAAUGCUGUGAAGCUCCAUGUCGCAGCUUGGCUUCCGGCUAAAAAAGCGCAGAUUUAACGCAGCAUCUGCUGGUGCGGGGAGGGAAAAAAACUCGUCUAGAGCGAGAGAAGGAGCGAUAUGCGGUCGGCGGGCGCCUGGUUUUGCGGUUCUUCUGGAAUUAGUGGAGGAAUGGAAAGGGAGCGGCUGUAAGGCUCAAACCUUGGGAAGGGGGGAAAAAAGGAGUUCUGUGUUUGGCACAUAAUGGAUCAUUAUCCGCCGGUGCAGGUAAAAGAUUGAACGGAUGAGGCGGAGGACGUCUUCCCCGGCACAAACGCACACAAAUAUUGUAGCAUUCAUCUGCAGGGGGAGGAGGACCUGCGACUCACUGUUGCCCAAAGGAGAAAUUCAAGGUGGCUUGAAAAACCAAAACGAGACAAAUAGAGCCAAGAAGAUGCAAAGUGAACUUGGACCCUAUAUUUCUCAAAUGAAUCAAUAUGCGUUUGGAUACCUGACCUGAUCAAACAGCAAAAGCCUGUAUUUGCUGAGUGUUCCUCCAGCUUUCUGAGAGUGAAUGUGUGGCCUGGAGAAUUUUCUGAGGGACCAUAUGGCACAAUACACCACAAUAUAGGUUCCUUUAAAUGAGGUAACAUGGACAAAGUGGUCAUCUGCCUCCUGAUUCUGGGAACCGCUAUGACAAUGGUCCAUGCAUGUCCCAAAUACUGCGUCUGUCAGAACCUCUCGGAGUCUCUGGGGACCUUGUGCCCCUCAAAAGGUCUGCUUUUUGUUCCACCAGACAUAGACCGGAGAACUGUAGAGCUCCGGUUGGGAGGCAAUUUCAUUCUCAAGGUCACCACUCAGGACUUUGCCAACAUGACAGGUCUGGUGGAUCUCACUUUGUCUCGCAACACCAUCAGCAGCAUCCAGCCUUUUUCCUUUAUUGAUCUAGAGACAUUGAGGUCACUGCACCUUGACACCAACCGGUUGACUGAACUGGGAGCGGAUGACCUACGAGGGUUGAUCAAUCUGCAGCACCUGAUCCUCAACAACAAUCAACUAAAUCAAAUCUCAGAUUCAGCUUUUGAUGAUUUAAUGCUGACUUUGGAGGAUUUGGAUUUGUCUUACAACAACCUGCGUAGUGUGCCUUGGGAGGCCAUCCGUAAGAUGGUCAACCUGCAUCAGAUGAGUCUGGACCAUAACCUCAUCGCCUUCAUUGCUGAGGGGACUUUUACAGACCUUGAAAAACUGGCUCGCCUGGAUCUGACAUCCAAUCGCCUCCAGAAGCUUCCUCCAGACCCAAUUUUUGCACGAUCCCAGAGCAGCAUGGUGAUGAGUACACCAUAUGCACCUCCACUCUCUCUGAGCUUUGGUGGAAACCCACUGCACUGUAACUGUGAGGUACUGUGGCUACGAAGGCUGGAUCGUGAGGAUGAUAUGGAAACAUGUGCCUCUCCAGCCAGUGUAAAGGGGCGCUACUUUUGGUCUGUUCGUGAGGAGGAAUUUGUCUGCGAGCCCCCAUUGAUCACUCAACAUACGCACAAAUUGCUGGUACUGGAGGGCCAAACAGCUAGUUUACGUUGCAAAGCAGUCGGAGAUCCAAUGCCAACUGUGCAUUGGGUUGCUCCAGAUGAUCGCUUGAUUGGCAACUCCUCAAGAGCCACUGUAUAUGAAAAUGGCACCCUUGACAUAGCAGUCACCACAUCCAAGGACUAUGGCAUUUUCACUUGUAUUGCUGCUAACGCCGCAGGGGAGUCUACUGCCUCCAUCGAGCUAUCAAUCAUUCAACUGCCCCACAUCACUAACAACACUAAUCGUACUACACUGCCAAAAUCAGGACUUUCAGACAUCACAAGCUCUACUAAGAUAGGCAAAGGGGAGCCCAAGCCUCUUCCAGAAAAGGUGGUUUCUGUAUCUGAAGUGACUGCCAUCUCUGCUUUGGUCAAGUGGACCGUAAGCAAAUCAACUCCAAAGGUCAAAAUGUUCCAGCUUCAGUACAACUGUUCGGAUGAUGAAGUUCUCAUUUACAGGAUGAUUCCCAGGACUCACCGGGCCUUUGUAGUCACCAAUCUGGUGCCAGGAAUGCAGUAUGACCUGUGUGUAUUGGCCAUCUGGGAUGACACCGCAACCACUCUCACUGCCACCAACAUUGUUGGAUGCAUCCAGUUCGUCACCACAGAAGAUUACCCACAGUGCCAGUCUCUGCACAGUGGAUUUAUGGGUGGCACCAUGAUUCUGGUCAUUGGUGGCAUUAUUGUUGCAACUCUGCUGGUCUUCAUCAUCAUCCUUAUGGUGCGCUAUAAGGUAACCAGUGGGAUUCAAACCAGUAAAUUACCCACUGUAAGUAACACAUACUCCCAGACAAAUGGGGGAGUGAACAGGUUCAAUGGAGCCCCACCACAGGUCAAGUCCACAGUAGUAGUUAUGCGUGAAGAAAUGGUGGAGUUUAAGUGUGGAUCCCUCCAGAGUAGCCUUUCUUCGUCAUCAUCGUCCUCUAACUCGUUGGACAGCCAAACAGGAAGAGGAGCAGGCUAUAAUGCGCAGAGCAGCGAAUGCAGCAACCUGCCAAGUACCAAAUUUAGGAGGCAUGUGCAUGGCACUAAAGCUCGGCAAAACCUGGACCAACUUUUAGGGGCCUUUACAUCACUAGAGCUACGGGGUGCAGCAAAGGACCACCAAGGAGCUUCUGUCUCCUCAUCCUCUGCUGUUGCCAAUCCCAUGACAACAGUGGCUGUGGCACCACCAUCUGACAAAGAACCCCUGCUUGGGAGGGCUGAGUCCACAACAAUGCUGGGGCGACUACUUGGGUUUCAACAUGAGGAUAAACCCAAGAGGAGUCACUCAUUCGACAUGGGGCAUGUCGGGGCAGUGCAGUGUCGCAGCAGUCAGCCACGUAGGAUCAGUAACAUCUGGACUAAACGCAGCCUGUCUGUUAAUGGUAUGCUUCUGCAGUACGACGACAGUGAGGAUGAGAAACCCACUUUUGAGAGCUCUGAGUGGGUUAUGGAGAGCACAGUCUAAGUCUACGACCAAACAAUAGAUCUAUAUUAAAAACUAAGGAAACAUGAACACAGUGGGAUGUUCUGUAUGAACUUCAACCAUGUGAAUACUGUUAUAAUGAUUAUGUGAAAAAACUAAAGCUGACUGUCCAAGAUUGAAACUCUUGACUAUAUUUGAAAAAUGUUCCAUUCUGAAUCAACUGGAGAAAUUACCUAUAUGGAAAAACUAUCUACAGAAAGAUAAGAUACUCAUACUGGAUUUACAUCUUUAAAGGAACUGAACUCUAUGAGGACUUACUUCAACUGUGAUAACCUAGAUCACACGUUUCAGACUCAAAAUGGAAAUGUUCCAGCUGUAGAAAGAGGGGGACCACAGGAGCUAGUAUAGUAGAAAAUUAAAACAAAGUCAUUUUUAUUUUCAUGUUGUUUUUUAUCAUUUUUACUAUUUAUUAUUUCAGGUGAUUCACCAGAAGAAAGACUCACCUCAAAACAUUAAAAACAGGUUUACACAGGAUGUACCAAUUCUCAUGUUGCCAUUUUAUACCCUUAUUUUCCCUCAGCAAUCGCAGAUUUAUCAUCAUCAUAAUCAUUUUCUCAGGUUAUGCAUGAGGUGACCGUAUGAGAAACAAAACAAAAGCUAACUUAAAACACAGGCUGUGCUUGUACUCAAGUUUGUAAAAGUUUUUUUCUUUUUUUGACCAAUCAGUAUCUUAAAGGCACCACACAGCAGUCAGUGAUCUCAUCUUGAGAAAUCAGAGGAACUCAAAUUGGGGAAUUGAGCCAACAGCUAAUCAGAGCAGGAACCACUCAAAACCAUAGGUAUGGAGUCUACAACAACUCAGUCAAAUCAUUCCCAUUUGUUUAAGCUUCAAGUACCUUGUCACUUUUGUAUGAAAUUGUCAUUUGGACACCGUUUGGUUUCUUAACCAAAUAGUGUCUAUAUAAGUGUGUAUGCCCUAUCGAUGGUGGGUAGAAUAGCCAAGCUGUGAAUCACUGCUUCUCUGUAUUGAUAGGUCCCAGUGGAAGUAGCUUUGGUAGCUUUUUGGAUAUUUCCCAAGAUGAAAAAGCCCCUUGCCAGGACUUGCUGUAAAGGCUAAAUCUUACAGCCGUCUUGAAGAUUCCUAACAACCUUGGGGCUCUUGUUUACAAGUCAGGGUACAAUUGAGAAAAGGAUUUAUUUUGUGGAUGAGAUCAGCAUCUGCUGUGAUGUGGACACUGCAUCAGUGAAUAGUGAUGAAGAGAGAUCUGAGCUGAAGGACAAAGCUUUCAAUUUACAUGCCAAUAUAUCUUCCAUCACUCGGUUAAGGUCGUUAGUUGUGGGUAAUAAGCCAUUUAUAAGUGCAAUUUGAUGGAAUUAGCUUCCUUAGGAGGGCUGGAUUCUCAUAAGGAAAGGGUGUGAAGGUCUGCUAUAUAGAAGGUGCUCAUAUUAGAGUCACAGUUUCUCAAUAUUGACAAGAGCCAACAAAGGUAAUUUGGGUAUUGCCAUCUGGGCCAAAUUGGAAGAGCCCCUUCCACAGAUUUGCUGGAGAGAUUACAUUUUACAACUCUCUCUUGAACCCCUCAGAGAAAUCACCAAGUGAGUUGAAGGAAGUAGCUGAGGAUAGGCUGAGGUCUGGAGAUCUCAGUUUAAUGAGAUACUGCUUCAAGUAAUGUAGUUUAACUAUCCUGGUUGUUGAGGUGUAGGAGUAAAACAGAGGAAGAGGUCUGAUUGUUGGACUGGAGGGACAUCUACAAUACAAACACUGAACCAGCGUUGGUGACAAAAGAAAUGAGGCAAGACUUCUCAACUUACCCAUCAGUGGACAUGAAAUCCCUUGGCUAGACUCAUGAGUGUGGGGAAUGAGCAAAUGAAAUAAAGUAUGAAUUAAAGCAGCUAAAAUGACCGCUCUCAGCAGUGGGACUGGACUCCUAUAUAGAAAAUGGGGGAAAGAUCCACGUUUGGAAGGCAGUCAGAGAUGGUGCUUCUUUGCAUUGGCAGGGAGUCAACUGAAGUGGUUUCGGCAUCUAGAAAGGAUACCUGUUAAUAUUCUGAUCAAAAGAGGCUGGAUAGAUAAUCUCCCAUUCUACUGGGAAUGAAUUAGUUUCCCCCAGUUGAGGUGAGGCAAGGGCCUUCUGGCAAUAUCUGUUUUCUUUUGUAUCCUUGCUGUUGAGUGGAGAGAAAAUGUGUGAUGAGUAAGAAGAUUUUAUGUAAAAGUAGGUGACUCAACAAACAGAGUGCUUAAAUUGCAAUGGAAGUUUUAAAUUUAAGUUCAAGCUUCAGAGUGUGAAAUUAGAUCCAGAAGGAGCUGUUAGCUUUAUUUCACAAUAAUUUAUCCCUCCCAAUUCUCAAUAUUCAGAUCACUCCAGCUUCAGGAAAGAUACUGACAGCAAAUACUUAUUCUACUUGCCCCGCUCCCUAGUUGGUCUCCAAGGAGACAAUUAUAACGUUUGUCCAGCUCAGGUUGAAAUCCUGCUUUGCAAGUAAUUUGAUUAUCUGGUGUUGGUUUGCAGGAGUCCCUGCAGACCAACGGCUCAUUGAUGUGAACGUUGUUUCUCUAAGAGUGUGGUUUCAGCUACUAUCAGCACAAAUUACUGUAGCCAAAUGCAAAUAGUGUUUGAAAUUCACCAAACCCUUUUAAUCAUUUGCCCAAAGCAGCCAACAGCAUGAUAUAUCACCGGAUUCUGAAACUCUUCAGGCAACAAAAACAAAAAAGCAUGAUAAUUACUCAUUUAGCCAGGUUAAAUGGAGGAAUUUGUCAUUUAUUGGCUGCAUAAAGGUCACUGUGCUGCUCAUGAGAGGAUUUUAUUUGGAAAAAUGAGAAGAGUGAUGGCUUUUAGGGAGCCAAUAAGUUGCAAAGCCUGGGAAUUUAUUUCACCACAUUGCAUGAUACAAAACCUAUUUUUAAUUAAUGUGUUACUUGACUUGAUUCACCUGAGGAACAAUUCAUUUGUUGUUCUCCUUCAUACAGGGCUGUACAUUGCAGUAAGAUACUUAAAAUUUGUUACUUUUCAGAUCACUGCCUAAAGUUAGCUGCAUCAUCCACGUGUUUUAAUGCCUUUAUCAGUAUUCUGUGGGACUCUGCUGCAUUUCAAAAAUGUUGGGUGAUCAUCAUUUCCUUUUCCUCUUACAGUAGAUGUACUGUUCUGUAUAUUGGUAUAUUUUUUUGUACAAUACCUGGGCGAGAAUGUAAGGGGGUAGGGUGGGGAUUGUGCAGUAGUAAUUUUAUUUUCAUGUGAAGCAAACAGUGAGAAGGUGCUUUACUGUGGUGUACCAACAAAAGGUGGUUGUUAGUUGGCUUACUGAAUGGGAUUUUACAUGAUGUUUCAGGAGUGGAGGACUGGAAAUUCUUACGUGUUUGAAUCAACAACUAAAGUGCAUAUUUGCUCUUUAUGUGUUACCUUUACACGGUCAGUUUUGUGUUUGCUUCCCCACCACAUUUAUAACGUUAAAUAAUUGUUUUAUUUUCUUUUUCGGCCUAGCUAAGCCUGACUUCCAAUUUGUCAUAAUUAUAUUUCUGUAAAUUUUUUCUGACAGCUCACAUAAACAAAACUUGUGCAUAUCAUUAUUUUUAAAUGUCUACAUGACAUAUUUUUCUAGGCCCACAUUUGUUGAUUUUGAGUCAAUUUUCUGAGAUUUUGUUUUGUCAUAAAUAAUUGUAUUAUAGAUAGUAAUAAAAAACAUUGUACGCAAGUUAUAAAUCACUAGAAGAAAAGUGAAUGAGUAUUCAUAUACUGUAUAUCAGUACUUAAAAAUUUCUUCUUUAGAAUAACAAAACAAUCUUAAGGAGUAGUUCUAAAAAUGUUCCCACAAGUUAAAAUUUUAAUAAUGCACUAACAUUUUGAGCUAAUUUAAAAUAGAACAUUCAUAUUCACUUACUAUAUUUUUAUCUCACAUAUAGAAAAUGAAUGUAGGUUAUGAUGGAAUAAACCAAUUAGCAAACUGACUAUGGCAUUUGCAACUUAGGCAUUUAUUUACACCUUUUCUUUUUGAUAUUUCAGUUAGCCUAAAUUGCCCAUAAAGCUGCUCCAAUUUACAUAUUUUUAUGCUUUAGUUGUCAACAAGAAACAUAAGGUUAAAAUUUUAUAUAACUGCAUUUGUUUGUGGAAUUUUUGAAAACCACCUGCAGAUUUGAGCGCCUCUAACAAAAUGCCAAUUGUAUUAAGUACUUCGGCAGACAAAAAUGUUUCUCGUGUAAAUUAAAAGACAACUGUGCAGUUAUUUCUGCUAUAUUUACCUAUACAGAAAUCAGAAAAAAAAGUUGGAUGUGUUUAGCAAAAAGGAAAAACUCAAGUGAAACUGUCUGUUUGUUUUUAACCAUUAAUGGAACUUAAGGUUUUAGAUUUGCCUUGAUGGUAGAAGAUAAAACUAUUUCAAUCUUUGCUCAGAAAAUAGAUCAUUUCAAAAACUGACAUCUCAAGACAGAACCAGACUAAAUCCAAACCGUGUGAUGGUAAGAUGAGAAUGGGGUUCUGGUACUUAGUGACCAGUGGGAAGCAACCAUUGAGCCUCUGCGUGUAACAUCAUGUAUCAUCCCUCUCCACUCUGCUAACCAACACUACAACUUAAAUGUGUACUUGACUCGACAUAGACAUGAUUCUCACCUGAACGUCUAAGCAGAAAAAUCCAUUAAAAAACUAUUUGUGUGAAAACAUUUUGCUACAAAAUGAUAUAAAAUAUUGAUAAAUUCCUAUGAACCAAACUGACUUCACUUUGUUUUCUUUUCUUGGAAAGUCAACUGUUGUAUAUGUUAGCAGCUGCAAUGCUUGAGUCAGAUCAAUGUUAAUUGUUUCUGUUUGCGUCUCCCCACAAAGCACUGAAACGCUGAGUGUCCUUCCUGUCAUCCUGCAGAUGAGCAGAGGGGGUUUUCCUCCAGAGGUCCAGCUGCUGUAAUCAGGCCAGUCACUGCUGACUCACCUCAACACUGUCCUUAUUACAAAUCACCUGUACAUGCAGCUCCUGGGCAGAGCCCAUAAUAAGGCCUUAAUUCAUAUAAUCUGUUAGCGAAGGUGCUUACGGCAGCACAGAGUAAAUAUAAUCGCUACAAGGGGAAGGCGUUGCAUGACGAAGGUGCAGGAUGAACACGACCGCUGGAUGUCAAACACAGCACGAGCGCUUAUUAAUAGACCUUCAGUUGUCAAAUAUUGGGUUUGAAAAUACCAAUUAAAGUUUUACAAUGACAAGUCAGGCAUUGAGAAUAUCCCUUCAUGAAAGUUAAAGUGAGAAUGUAAAACUUAAACAAUCUGACAAUUCCUUCCAGCGAUCAAUUCACAUUUUGCCUCCCUGUGUCUCUUUCAAACUGUUUAUUAAAUCUGUCACAAUUUAUCAUCUACAAUUAACUCCUUUUUGAAAAUUAAAGCUGAACAACAGUUCACGCUGCAGGUCGCCUGGAUGCAGCUGUUAAUUCAACAGGAAACAGGUUCUUGUUCUUUUAACACACUGGAUUAAAUUGAGACCUUGUUUCUGUUGUAAAUCUCAGCCUGCAUGCAGGGGAAAGUAAUUUACAUUUAAUGCAUUCCCCCUCUGCACCAGACAGCUCUUUUGGAUUAGACAUAACACUAAACAUGCAAUUUGAAGCCUAUUCUGUCAUUUUUACUCCUCCUUUUUAUAUCUAUUUGAAUUCUACAGUCUGAAAGCAAUGAGUGAAUCUUUUCCACUUUAAACUGCAUACGUUUGAAAUAAUGUUUAUGUCAAGAGAAUAUCGAACCUAGCUUACAUGCUUGAUACAGGACAGCACAGCAUUUGAUCUUGUUCCAGAAUUUCAUUAAAUUUCUUG